AUGGCUCACUCGUCAGACCCAUCUCGCAGGGAGAAGACCCCCGGGACCCGAGGGUCACACGCGGCUACACGCAACCUCCUUCGGAAGAAGGAGCAGCACCGGCGUGGAAUCCGAUCCUCGUCGCCCAUGGGUCGGGUCAUCCUCAUCAACUCCCCUGUGGAUGGUGGCGACGACAGCGAGGACCUCCAUACGAUCACGGUGGAUAAGAACGUGGACGGCAAGCUGGGCUUCAGCGUGCGCGGAGGCUCAGAGCACGGCCUCAGCAUCUUCGUCAGCAAGGUGGAGGACAACAGCACGGCAGAGGCGGCCGGCUUGCUCGUCGGUGACAAACUGGUGGAGGUGAACGGCGUGAGCCUGGAGAGCAUCACGAUGAGCAGCGCCGUGAAGGUCCUGACGGGCAACAACCGGCUGAGGAUGGUGGUGAGGCGCGUUGGCAAAGUCCCCGGCAUCCGCUACUCCAAGGAGAAGACCACCUGGGUGGAUUUGAUACACAUGCGGAUGGUGGUGGAGGAGAGUGGACGGACGCCUUCGGAUGCCAGCUCGGGAAGCGCCCUCCAAAGGACCGUUCACAUUUACACCACCUCCGACGACUACUACCUGGGCUUCAACAUCCGGGGGGGCAAGGAGUUUGGUCUGGGCAUCUACGUCUCCAAACUGGAUCCGGGUGGCCUGGCUGAGCAGAAUGGGUUAAAGAUGGGGGACCAGAUCCUGGUGGCCAAUGGCGUGAGCCUCGAGGACAUCAGCCACAGUAGUGCUGUGGAGGUGCUGAAGAGCCACACGCACCUCAUGCUGACCAUCAAGGAAACGGGGCGAUACCCUGCUUAUAAAGAGAUGGUGGCGGAGUACAGGUGGCUCAAUAAGCUCGCCAACGGUACUCAGAAAUCUUCCUCCCAGGGGUCAGAGUCCAACUCCUCGGCCUCGUCUCCGUCGUCCGGGACGCCGGUCAGCUCCCUGAGCGGCCUGUCGCAGCUCAUGUUCCCUCCCGGCAUGCCGUUUGGGUCGGACAUGGUGGACGUCUGCAUCUCCACUGAGGACCAGAGGUCAGGGUCGGACAGAACCGAGACCGCCAUGCAGACGGACCUUCCCUCUCAGAGGACGGGGGCAGAAACCACGCGCAGCCUGGGACCAACCACUCUGCUCAGAGACACGGUGAUCGGUGGAGAGGAGGAGGAGGAGGACGGGGGCGGCGGGAGGCAAGAGUCCACCAAGACGGCCGUGCUGCUGGCUCUCAGCCGACUAAGCCGACCAAUCAGCAGGACACAGAGCCAAGUCACCGUGGAAGAGGUCAAGCAGAAGAAGGAGAAGAAGCAGAAGCACCCGGAGGUGAAGAGCACGCUGCAGCGCUCCAAGACCUUCGUCAACUCGCUGUUCAAGGGCGGACGCAAGAGGGACACGUCCAGGGGCCGCUCCAAGUCCCCGUCCACCCCCAAAGUUGGACUGCCGCUGUGAUGCGUUCAAGGGGGACGACCGGGCGGCGCGACGCCAAAUUCGGAGAUGCUCGGCGCGGUGGAGGACAUGGCCCGCAGGCUGCUGACCGAGGAGGAGGUGGCUGCUGUGAUGAAGACGUGCCAAAGGUACGUGGCAGAGCGGUCAGUGGAGAACUUAAUCCGCCACCUGCUGGCCGUGCUGGACCGACCGGAGAAGCUGCUGCUGCUGAGGGAAGUCCGGAUGCUGCUUCCUCCUCCUGAUCUGAGUGCAUUUAAUAACACGGUGACCCCCGUCGAAGUCGAGGCCUACGACAUCCUCAAGUACCGGUCAAUCCAAACUUCUCCUCUUCGCUCUCCCACAUCUGGUCGAGCACCCAAGCGGCUCCUCAUCACUCCCAUCCCGGAUCUCAGGGGAGGCUUUGAGCUCCACAAUGCGGAGGAGGUGGAGAAGGAGGGACACCUCCUGGAUGAGCUGGGGAAGCUGAGUGUGUCCGGGCCCCGGGGAACCAGAGAGAGGCCCCCUCUGUCCAGGUGCUUCACCCCGCUGCUGGACAUCCCCGUGGACGGAUACAACACCGAGUCCAGAGACCUCCGGCCCCCGCCGGCCAGCCCUAUGCCCCCCAACUGGCUGCUGGCCCACAGCCAGGACCCUCGCCCUCCUCUCCGAACGGACAUCGGCACCAUUCGCUCCGUCCACUUCCACGAGGUCUCGGACACGGCCUCGGAGAGGGGAAGGUCCCCGCUCAGAGACGGCCACUCCAAAGGCAGAAAGGAGAACAGUGGAGACCGCAGUGAAGACGGCGUGUUCACGCUGCAGAGCGCCGCGCGCCGGACUCGGCCCUCGUUGGCGCAGGUGUUCCGACCGAGUCCAGACCGGAUGAACGGACUCCACGGCUCUGAGCUGGAACUGGACUACGAGCUCAAAACCGUCAGCAUCUCCAAGACCAAACAGUCACUGGGCAUCAGUAUAUCUGGUGGGAUGGAGUCGAAGGUUCAGCCGGUGGUGAAGAUCGAGAAGAUCUUCCCUGGAGGAGCCGCCUCCACCUGUGAAGUGCUCAAGGCUGGAUUCGAGUUGGUGUCUGUGGACGGAGUCUCGCUGCAAGGCGUGACCCAUCCGCACGCGGUCGACGUCAUCCGGAAAGCCUUCAGCCACAAGGCCAAAGACCCCAUGGUGUUCGUGGUCAAAGUCCCCAAACACAUUUUGAAAGGAGACUGAGACUCUCGUCGUGACUUUCGACCUGUGAUUGAGCGUCUGGGGCUGAGCGCGGCCCGAUCACACUGAUCUGAGGUCAGGUAUGCCAUUUUUGCCAUUCAUGUUAAAGUUGGGAAUGAUUACAUGGACUCUGGUGGAUCAACACAAGGUGUCUAGAAAGCCAGACAUGACGAAAUGGCGCUCCUGGUGCCUUGCAUUACUUUAUCACAAGCCAGGAACCAAUCAAUGUCAUUAAUAUCCAUCCCUCUCAAAAAGUAGUCGCGCAGCAGUGUUUGUUUAAACAUUUUUAAAUAUGCCGGAUGACAAACUGUAACCUGAGUGCCUUUUAAAAAGCCUGUUGACUCAUGUUGUUUACAUUUUGACCUGCAGAGGGCGACGUGAGCCGCUCAAACAUUCUGCUCUCUGACGUCGGUUAUGUUGAAGGCUCACAAAGCUAAACUUUUACUAGAUGGAAAUGAUGAGAAUAAUUGAUCCACGUUAUCAUUGGAGAUAAUUAAAACCCAUUGCUUUACAAAGUUUAUAGUAAUGACACAAUUUAAGGGAGAAAGUCCGUCUACGUUCUGAACAACUCUGAAUGUACCACACAGCUUUUAAAUGUCUUUUGUUUUUUUAAUUAAAAACAGGUUUGUUCAACAGAUGUACAGCAUGAAAAUAUACAUUUAAUGUCUUCAUACAAAUAUUGUGGAUUAUAAAAUUAUACUGAAGAACCAAAAUAAACAUCCACACACACAUUAAUAUACAGGCGUCGUAUCUGUAGGAGCAAAAUAUAAUGUGUGACAUUGCUUUGGUCUAUUCACAGUGGCAAUUUAUUUAUUGUUUUGAGAUGGAAGAGACACCUCUUGGAAGAAAACGUCAUGAUCGUUGAGGGUUAUUUACAGAGGACGAUGGUUCAAUCGGAACAAAACAUUUAUUUUCUCUCUGUUCUGUCGUAAAGGGAAGUAAAUAAAUGUGAAACGGAUCUUUUGCUGUAACGGUUGAUGGAAAAACACGAGUCACUGUCACUUUACGCCAAAACAACCUUCAUUUAGUGCGGUUCCCCCGACAGUGGUGAAAAUAAAUCAUACUGAUCUACGUCUUAUAGAUAAAACAUUUCUGACGCUGAAUUCAAGUGUUCGCACACCGAUCAUGAGGCGUUAGACUUUGGGCUUUCUGUAAGUGUAUUUCUAUGACUGAUGGUACUAAUUUGAAACGGUAGCAAUGGGCGAUCUAAAGGUCAUACUCUGAACCACGAGUCAAUUUAAAGUUGUAGGGUUUAAUACCUUUUUAUAGAUUAUAAUAUAACUGAUUCUCACCUCCUGAGGACUCACAACACUGCUCAUCACAAAGGUCUAAAUUCAUUAAAUUAGGAAAUUACAUUUAAAGUAAAAGAAAAACCAAUAUUCUUUGUCUAAAGUAACGAAUGCUGAUUUAAUGUGUUGGAAUUAUUAGAAAUACACGACUUGAGACGUGAAGUAAGAAACUUUAUCAAUUCACAUGUUGCAUAUACAUGUUUGGCAUGUAAUGUGGUUUUAACUGUGAGUUGCUUAUUUACAAGCAUUAACCUCGAUAACGAGUCGGGUCAACGAUGUCUCAGUGGUUCUAGUGAAUGGAUCCAACGUCUUCAGAGCAUCUAUAUUUCCACAUCAGAGACUUAAAGUUCACGAAGAGCGACUUCCACACGGGGAAUGUCCAAGGAGCUUGUGAACGCAACACAAAGACCCCCCCCCC